CCACAAUUCUACUUCCAGCUCAGCCAACAUAAUAGACGAUUGAGACUAUCGCGUUAGCCGCGAUUCGCCGCCCCUAAAGCGGCACCGCGAAUGACCUGGCCUGGUCUGAAAGUUUUACUGGGGGCCUCAACACAGGGUCAGAAAGCGGCGAGCAAAUCGAUGCUACGAUGACCCGCAAUUUCAAAAUGAAGGAAGACCGUCGUCGUGCCUUUACUUGAGGCGUCGUGGUUGCCUGGGGCGACGCGAGGCUGCCAUUGACGGCGUGUGUCUUUGCGGCAAACAACUCAACUUCAGCUACUUCAGCAGAAAACAAGACCGGUGCGGCGUCAUCUCAAGGUGAUCAUCCUCCAACACCUGCAUCAGCGUCUUCCCUUGCUGGCGUUGUAGCAAAGAAGACCAAACAGAAGGAGUUGUAGAAACUGAAACACCGCCCUUGCCACAUCCACAGUGAUCAUGUCGGCAACCCCGGGGGGCAACACGACGGCGGGCAACAGCCCGGGCACGACCGCCCGGGAUGUGGAGACCACGGCCCAGAAUUCGCCCACGGAGAGCGAAGAGGCCGACUUCAAAGAGGUCGACGGGCGGGAGCAAUACUACGUGAAGAAAGAAGCGGAGUUCAACGCGGUGGCCGACUUGCUCCGGCCCGUGCAAAAGGGUUUCCGCGACAACAUGUCCUCCAUGCACAACUCCAGCAACAGCUCCUACGCGGUGAAAACGACGGUGGGGGUUGCGCAGCCGAAGUUGGAAAUCAAAUUUGACUAUCAAGUGCAUAAGUGUCUGGGUCUGGAAGGUGGUAACUUGUGAUGCUGUCUUUGGAUUCCAAAAAAAUCUGUAUUGCAUGACUAGCAAAAGGAGUCCAGUUUGUGCUACAAGGGGAGGGCAUUUCUCAUGCGGAAUAAGCAUCAGGAAGCCUUUUGAAAAUCUGGGAUGCUAGGGCAUGCAUUACAGUCGUCAUUGGUCAUGCAAAAUAUGCAUGACAAACCUGGCAAUCUUCCAGACCCAGACACAUUUGCAUUUGAUAUUGACAAAUUCGACAAGGCGGCGCUCUUUUUGAACGAACAGCCGAAACGAUAUGACAGCCUCAGGUUGGAAAUCCUCAAAGUGGAAAUGCUUUGUAAUGUAAAAAAACGACUCCAGUUGAAGCGACAUUUGUAGUCGGCGCAUGACAAAUUUCCCGGUCACGUACAGCAUGUUUGUCAUGCAGGUUAUGGCAAGGGGGUUCCCUUCUGUCGUGCUAAGCCGCACUCCAAUUCUUCACCCCUAGCAGGACAAUGGUCGGCCUCCAUUGCGUCCUCUGCAAUACAGUCUUUUUUGCGUCGCAUUUCAUGCAUCACAAAUCAUUUCCUUUUCCACUUUGAGGAUUUCCAUUCUGAGGCUUUCAUAAACGAGUGCUCGCCGGCGGGGAAAACAUGCGACUGGAGAUCAAGAAGUUAAAGUUCGAAAUCGUCGGCUUGAACGACGACAUCCGGGAGCUGGAGAAGGAGAGAAACGGCCUCCAGGACGAAAAUGCCUACUUGAAGCAGGAACUCACAGCGCAGGUUUGUUUUUCAGAAAUUGUUUCGAAACAUAUGUUUUGGAUUUUGAAUUGGAACAGAUGAAUUGGUACUGUUUUCUGGUCCUCUGCAUGAUCAUGUUUUUGGUAGAACCGCAAGAAAAGCUUGAACAAAUAAAUGUCCAUGAACAAAUAAUGGCUCAAACAGAAACUUCGUGCCGAAGCCGAGCAGGAGCGCAUAAGAGCCACCAUGGAGCGCGCCUUCUACCUUGCAUAUGAAAUGGCGAAACGGAGGCGAGUUGCUGCUUGACCCCGAUGGUGACUUUAUUUUACGAAGGGCAUGCAAUAGUUUCAAUUCGUAACGACCUCCUCCUCAGGUGCAGAUGCAGUUCAGAUUCUGACGAAAAGGAAAAUAAAGCUGUCGUGGCUGUCGCAGACUCGGACUAGCAAGCAGCUGCACAAUCUGCAUCUGCUUUUUGCCUGUUGAGUGACGAUGAUAAGUUGUCCUCUAAGAAGGAGGUCUUCAUGGUUCAUCUCUCUGAAUCUAUCGAUCAACAUGUUCUAUAGCACAACUCCUACUUCGUUUCCUCUUUUCCAUACGCUUGAGUACUGUGCGGAGAACAAGGCCAACCAGGAGUGUGUGCAAGAGUUUUGGGGCAUUUGGCGGAACCAGUACCAGCAGGACAAGGUGGCGGAACUGUUGUUCCAGAUCAAGAACCAGGCGGUGACGAUUGAUAAGUUGCGGAAGAACAAGCGAAUCAAAACGAAAGCGUCCUUGGAGACCAUGAAGCAGAUUCAGAACCGGGUUUUGAAGGAAAAAAUGUUCCAGGCACUGAAGGACUACUGCAACAACCAGCUGGCCGACAAGCACGUGGAGUACCUCGGGAACAAACUGCGGCAGAAACAGGAGAAAAUCGACGAACAGAAAAAGGAAAUCAAACAGCUCAAGGACGUACUUCUACUUUUUUCUUCGCUUGAUGUUGUGUUUGUCCUUGCCGGUUCCUGAAAAUUAGAAUUACGUAAUUUUUGUAAGUUUGUUUUGUUUACAACUGGGCUUCCUUCUAUCUGGUGCUUCCGACGGUCGUCCAACAUACGGCAGAUAUCAAGAAUUGUGAGUGUGAUAGUUUGAGUUCCACAUUCUUUCACUUCAAGAAAAAGACGAGAUCAUAUCAAGAAAUAAUUACAUACCAUGAUUUCAGAUGGUGGCGGUCCUGGAAGCGGCCCAGGCGGACAACAUGGAGCUCCUGAAGCUGCAGGAGCAGCUGAAGGCGGAGAUUGCCAAUAUCAAAUGCAAAAGUGUCCGGGUCUGGAAAAAUGCAAGUUUGUCAUGCUUGUCUGGCAUGACUCGAGAAUCUGUGUUGCAUAGGCACGACGAAAAAGCCCUCUUACCUGUCAUGCGAAAAGGCAGCUUGCCAUGCGGAAGCGGAAUACGUAAGACAUGGAUGGCAGCCACAAAGUUUGUCAUGCGCACCUGCGUAUUGCAGUGCGUCUAUCAUUCACUUUCAGCAUUACAACUUUCCAGACCCAGACAUAUUUGCAAUCCAUAGCCAAGUUGAACGUGCAAAUCGAGGAAAUGAACGCCGACUACGAGGAGCUCGCCGCCUAUGGAAGCGUCAGGUUUGAAAUCGUCAAAGUUGAAAUAGUCUGUAAUGCAUAAAAUGCAUGACCCGAGGCACGUGCGUUGCAGAGCAGGCAAGUGAGGCCGAUUGUAAGCCUGUUUGGGGUUACAGCUCGAGCUGCUAAAGUAGCAUGAGAAAAUCGCUCUUCUUUGCCUAAAUAGCAUGACAAACUGGAUUUAGGGACCGCCGAAAUUUGUCAUGCGCCACUUGGAAACUGGGUUCCAUCUGGCAUCCAUUUUAUGCAUGACAAAUUAUUUCAACUUUGUCGAUUUCAACUCUGACACAUCCAUACCGCCGAGGCCCGGGCCAUCCGGGCGGAGUUCGAUGCGUACCGCAAGGAAAUCGAGCGCGAAAAGGCCGACACCACGGACUACAAGGGCUUGUCGCAGCGGUUCGCGAAAUUGUUUCAGCGCGAGCAGCAGGAGAGGAUCAAGUUUCAGACCAAGUUGCACAUCCUCGCGACGCCCGAAGAGAUGCAGAAACUGAUCAAACAGGACGAGUACGAGGCCAUUGUGGCGCGGUUAGAGGAGUACGACAAAAUGUUCGAAUACCUCCGGGCGGAAAUGGCCAACGCGGAAAACUACCGAACGCAGAUACACGAAUUGAAACUUGUAUUUGAAAUUUUUUUUGGUGAUCAUGUUUUUCAAGUUUUGGUUUGUCCUAAAAAUGUUUGAAGUUGUUGUGCGAAGAGGGGGAUUUCUGUAACUUCUGUCGGAGGUGAACAAAUGUUCACCUCAAAUCCGAUUUGCACCUUGCAACUCGCAUUCAUUGUCCAGCGUUGCAUGAAAAUUGCGCUUUUUCUCAACCAAUUACAGAUCCUGAAGGACGCCAACAAGCAGAUGAGCAAGAUGGCCGACAUCAAGAAGAAGAACCACAUGCUCGAAGAGGCAAUUGGCAUCAAGCAGGACGAGGGCACCAAGGGUUUUGUGGAUCGGUGGAUCAAGGCGAGCGAAGAGGUGAACAAGUCCCGGCUGGAAUGCCGCCGCAUGUUCGAGGAGAUCGAAUCCGUCCGGCGCCAGCGCGAGAUUUUCAAGUUGAACUACCAGACCGAGGUGGCUUCGCACGUGGCGACGUGCUACCGCGCGCUGCGGCUGACCGCAACGGUGGACGAAAAGGACGUCUUGGCGGCCUUGUCCCUGGCCAGCCAAGGCGACAUCGACGCACUGCAGGACGAGGUCGCGCAGGAGGGUGAGGAGCAGAAGCAGGAGCGGACGGCGACGGUGUUGGAGCGGCAAAGGAAAGAGUUGGAGUCGUGGUUGGUGGAUUACGUGCACGAGGAAGAGGAGUUUUUAAAGGAGAGGAAGGAACGAAACAAGGAGUUGAAAGACCUUCGCGACAAGAUCGACGAGCGGAGUCGCACGCCCGCCAUGUACCAGGUGCAACACGACACGGGCGAAGUGUUGCGCAUCCGCGGCGACGGCAGCUUGGCGAUGCCGGCGGAGAAAAACCGCACCAGCACGAGGAUACCACCCGGCGUCGUCCCGCCUGCCAGCUCAACGUCGAAAGCGCCCUUCGACCCCCACGGUAUGGUGUACCGCGGCAGCAACCGACAACUCAAUCCGAAGAACCUCAAGGGCACCGGGCUGCAGCCGAAUCGCUCCUCACCAUCACGGAGCAAGCCGUCCACGCGCGCUGGUGUUAUGCAAUGCAAAACAAGUAUUGAUGCACUCGUAGUCAUUGCAGAAGAUGCAGUGAUGCAUGGCAAAUUUCCUAUCAUAGGUAAAUCAGCAUUGCAAAUUCUAUGUUUCUUCUUGGCAAUAUCUAGCAUGCUAUCUCUACUAGUGCGAUGCUUUUGCGAUGCAUAGGUGCGUCGAAUCAACAGAGUUUCAACAUCUCCUCGGGUUUCGACCACAAGAAAGGAUUGCUGAUUACGCCCGACGGCCGGACCGGCACUACGGAUCCGCCAGGGCGGCACAGUUAUCAACAUCAAAUGCAAUCCGGGGGAAGCUCCUCGAGCACCGCACCCUUCCGCGGCCAGGGGCUGCAACAGCAGCAGAACAACAACUCCAGUGCGGCUGCGACCCUGCAGGCACCAAAAAAGAUGGGACUACGGUCGACGACGGGCUUUACGAAGGUGAAGGAACAGCGGAAACGCAGCUAUCUGGUGAACGACGACGAAGACGUUUACAUCCCAGACCUCGACAACAAGGCCGGUGGAGGUGCGAAAUCCUUCGGCACUCCUAGUUCGCCAACGAACAAACCGAAAAGCAGGCAGGCUGACAGGGACAGAGUACCUAUCGUGUUUUCAUCUAGCACUAGAUGCAUAUGCAUUUUUUCUUUUCGAAGAUUAGAAUGCCGCUCACAUGGAAAUUUUGAUAUGGUCGUUUUUUGGGUUGUGAUGAUCUGUACUACACAUAAUUCAUCAAUUUUUUCAUCAGUACUCCUCCGCUGUGUACUACGAGUCGUACGAGCAGGACCCGCCCGAUUCGCUGUACGUGGAAGAAAACCGCGUGCCCAACCGGCUCCGCGUCCAGGAGCUGGGUGGCGGCGGGGUCAACGGCCAGCCCAUCCACAUGGACGGGUCCUUCGAGCGGCGCGACGUGCUGGCCAUGCGCGACUUCCACCAGCACAGUUCGUCGCCGCCGCCGGCCACGCACGGUGUCGUCCGUCGUUAUGGGGCUCUCAAACGUUACAUUCUCAACUGUUACAUGAUUUGUCAUGCAAAAUGACCACGAGCCGCAAGACGAUCCAGCUGCUUCGCAUGACAAAUGAUCGAAGGGCUAAACAGCAUCUAAAUCCGUGCUAAAUUUCUGAUGCAAGACUUGCAAGCUUUCCCCUUUCCCUAUUGCUGUUUUUGCAUGACAAAUUCAUGUAACAGUUGAGAAUGUAACAGUUGAGAGCACCAUAGUCGUGACGACUGGGAUGUCAACCACGACCUGCGAGAACUGUCCGCAAUUCAAGAAGAGGACCGGGUGCGAGAGGCGAUGAUCCGCGCCGACAAGUUGCAAAACCUGUCGCGCACCUACGGUCGAAGUUCUCCCGGCGCCAGGAAAGGUUCGAAAUCAAGGUCAGGUUCCCCGUACCGCGACCGAACGGCGCAGCAAAAUUCCCGGUUUUCCACGGUGCGCCAUUCCGGGGUGUUUGCCGAUGAGAAUCCCAUAGCGGAAGCGCAGGGCUUGGGAAUUGUGGAGCAGAUGGUGCUGGAGCGGGCACCCCCCGGGGCGCUGCCAAAGGAUAUCAGGUACCAACCAUGUUUGUACAAAAAGAAAGUAAAAUAUUAGCAUUGAAGAAUGUAUGGUACACAACAAUAGUGAUGCAGUUCUGUCUACUUCUGUUGCUAUAUCUGAGUCAUGUUUUCUAUUUCUUCACCAACCUCCGCAUGAUCAACACAGGAACACCCUGACGGAGCUGCAGCAGCAGUAUCCUGCGAUAAGAGAAGCCGGUGGGUUGCUUGGCGGCGGCAAAGGUAAAUCACCCUCGGCAUCGCCGGGCCGCGCCGCUGGCCGAAAACCGAAAAAGCAGCCCGACAUCAGCAGCGAUGAGGUACUGCUGUCGCUGUGGCAACUCGAGUUAGAAACCUGUCUUUUUUUCACCGACUUGAGGAAUAAAAUCCGUGAGAUCAUGUAGCAUAAAAACCGUGUUCAAAAUAAACAAAACAAAACCAACCAACAGGGCGGCGACCCCAUCUACGCCCGGAGGGUCCGUGGCCUGCCACGUAUCGGGAAUUUGGACUCGGAGGGCUACCCCGUGGAGGAGUCGUUGCCAAAGCCGCUUUCGCAGGAGACGAUGAACCCCUACAAGGAGGACGAUGAGGACCGGCAGAACGCGCUGUCCCAGGACGUGAUGGAGGAACAUUUUAAAGAUGUCAUGGACCGUAUCGGCGAGGAGCGCCGCGUCGUCAAAAGCCGCGAGCGGAAAAACGAGCAAUUGUUCGGAAAUCUCGACAAAAAGUACGAGGAAAACGCGGUGCUGCGAAAACACUACGCCGGGGUGAAAUGGAGACCAUAAGGUGCAUAGUGUCCGUGGAUAGAAGCGGGUAAAGCAGGAAUAACUUGUAGUGAAAAUGAACGAAUCUCAACUGUCAAAGAACUGUCUCUCGAUCAUCGAUCAUCUCAUUGCAAAGAAAUGUAAAACGAUAAGGUUUUAGCGUCUUCUGUUGAAGAUCGAAAUCAAUCAUCUUUUUGUUUUUCGUAUAUUCACGUGUCUGACGUGUCAAAAAAUGGAGGUAGAGGGAGAAGUAGUCCAACGAGAAGUCAGUCUGAACGUCAACUUUUGUACAAUUAUUAUCAAGGCUUUUCGUUUGUACCUCCUUGACACAAAGCAGGUAUAGAGCUUCGAAAUUGAAUUGAUGUCUGAUACGCUUUCACAGCCAGAUUCUGACUGUUGAUACUAACUCGUUAAGUUGCUUACAGCGAAAGGAGAGGAAGCCGACGAAUAAGUAUGGCGGAGGCAGAGUCGGGGAAAUACUAGAGGAGGAGUUGUAUGAUCAUUCAAUCGAAACAAUGAACAAAAUUGAGUUGUAUAAAGAAACAAGUCCCCUGCUCCUCCUGUCGCUCCCUCCUGCAGGACGAUAAAUGCCUGGCCGCGGCUUUAUUUUUUCGCACGCUACAAGCCCAACGUAGAGCAAUUUCCUUGCCGUACAUGCAUCAACGUCAAUGUCUUAAAGGAAUCCCAAUCAAAUUCUCGAAAGCGGGUGCUUCGCUACUGCUCGCUGCGCUUUGUGGUUAGUGUUCAGUUUCUUCAUCUUAAUAAAGAG